AUGUCGACCUUUUUCUAUCAGCAACACCACGCCCAGAACCCGCAACCCAUGCCUCAGUCUCAUAGCCACCAUGGCCGCUCUCGAAGGGCACCCCGAUUAUCGGCGGCACAGAACUCUCAUCGCCAGUACCGGGCUGCCAAACCUGUGAAAGAGAUAGUUAUUGCCGAGCCGCCCAGCGUCCUCGCCUAUCGGGCAAGGUUCGAGGCCGGCCGUUCAUUCGACCUCGACGAUGACCUCGAGUUCUGUCCAAAUCUCUUGACAUUUGAUGAGCGUCAGUCUGUCACGUCAGGGUCGUCAGACCGCUCAUCUCUCUCAAGUGGCUCGCCCGACUCAUCUCCUCUUCAAUCUCAAAUACAACCUCAAAUCACGCCGUCUUUGUCCAUCUCCUCCUCCGCCGCAACGUCUCUUUACAUGUCCCCACCAGCGUACACGAGCAGCAACAGCCUCAAAAUCCACCAACCGUCGGCUAUUCGCUCUCGCAACAACGCCAUCCCUAUUGUCAAUCCGUCCACUGGCAACCGCAUCGCAAGCCCACCGUCAUCAAUCUCGCCAGGUAUGAUGCAACAAACAACUGCCGCUCGCCGGUGGUAA